AUGUCCCGAAACAGCGAAUCUGGCUACUCCUCCGAUGAAAACAUCGUCUCUCCUCAAGAACAGAUCGCCAAAGACCAGCGAAGAUUCGCCAAGACUUACGAAGUCGAGGAAGAAAUGAUGAAAUCUGCCAACGGGAUCAUCUACACAGGCUUCCAUCACAAGACCGAGCAGCGAGUCGUCAUCAAGCAGAUUCCACGAAACAAGAUCUCCGAGUUCAAGCAAGUUCAAAACCGACCCGUCCCGAGCGAAAUCUACUACCAUUUCAAGGCAGCCCAAGCUUCCAACUUCGUCGUGGCUCCUCUUGAUUGGUACGAACGGCGAUCUUCCUUCGUCCUUGUCAUGGAGCGCCUCGAUGGCUACGUCGACCUCUUCGAAUUCGCCAACAAGAACGGGGCAAUCAACGAGGAAGCGGUCCGCAUCAUUGCCGGCCAGUUGAUCACCUGCUGCAUGGAACUCGCCCGCGCCGGCAUCUGCCACCGCGACAUCAAAGACGAGAACAUCCUUAUCAACCCAGAGACCCUCGAGAUCCGCCUGAUCGACUUCGGAUGUGCUAGCCGCGACGGAGCCUGCUACACAACUGCACGUGGAACUCCAAACUACUGGCCCAUCGAAUUCUUCCAGAACCGUCUUCUCAGCGCGGAGCCACUCACUGUCUGGAGCAUCGGAGCUGUCAUCUACAUUCUUCUUACCGGAAACUGGCAGACCGAUGGACGAGGCCAGAUGCAGCGAAACUUUCUCGCCGAGCGCAGCCUUUCUCCCUUCACAGUCGCCCUCAUUGACCGGAUGUUCUGCCCUGACCCAAUGUCUCGAAUCACGAUGGAAGAAAUCAUCGCUUCUGGAUGGUGCUAG